AUGGUCAGAGCAAUCCGACCGUUUCACCGUUACAAGCGUCAUUAUUUCCGCCAGACUCUCACCUUCAUUACGAUUUGGCCAUUCCAAUGGCAGCACACACGCACCCUGGUUAGGCGCUUAUCUAGUGCCGCCCGGCUUGGUCGCAACGGCCAAACCCCCCGUUCAAGUGGCCCAGUAGAUAAGGCCGAAGAACGGGGGGCAAAAAGUUCCGCGGUCGGUUGCGGCCCAGCAAGAAGCGCCCCCUUAGGGGCUCCGAUUCGAAGACGUCUAGCGAAUGAUGGAGGACAGCCUGGCUCAGAGGCUCCCGGAGGCGCCAAAGUAUACCAAACCGUACCCGCCAAAAAUUAA